AGCUACAAGAUCCAAUUCUCAAUUUGUUGAAAAUAUAUUUAUCACUCUGAAGUUUUUGAAAUUGAACGUAGUGGAAGAACGAUUUAAAAAAGAAAAGAAAAAAAGAAAAAAGAAAGCACCAUGAAGAUAUUUUAUCUUAUUUACUUGUUCCUCGUCAUUUUGACCUGCUUUUCUUUCACUAAUGCGAGUUGCACGGAGGAUGAAUGCAAAGCCGCUUGUAAAUACGUUGGCAGUAUUCCUGGUGGAAAAGGUGGCAAGUACUGCGUUAAUGGUGCGUGCAGAUGUGCUACUGUGCGUCCAUAAUGAUUAAAAUACGAGCUAAUAGUAACAAUGAUACUUAUCGUUGUUAUAACUUAUAUACCAACAAUCGCUAUGAUCAACAGACGUCUCUCUCAUCGUUUGUCAUUGUAAGCCCCCGUUUCUAUGUAAUUUAAAAUAUAAAGUGAAAUCGAUUUAAUCACCCUCAACAGCUGUUUCACUCACAGCUCUUGACACAGAUUAUAAUCGUUCAUUAAUAAUUAUGUACAUAGAUCGAUUCAAUGGAUAAAACUUUUAAAAAUUGAAAUUUAUAUAUAUAUAUAUAUAUAUAUAUAUAUAUGUAUGUAUGUAUGUAUGUAUGUAUGUAUGUAUGCAUGUAUGUAUGUAUAUAUAAUAAAUAUGGUUCGUACAGGCGCACACAAAACUAUAAAUUUUAAAUCAACACCUUCUGCAUUUCGCAUAAUGAAUCUCACCGAGAAAUACGAGAAAACAUCCGAUUAGUCCAAUGAAAAGUCCAAGAAACGCUAACGAGUAAUGUUCCAAUGUGAGUUUCUUCUUUUUCUCGCUCAAUGCCAAUUUCAUUUUCUGAUCUUCGACCAAGAAAGGAUACGUCAUUUCCUCAUACCAAAAGUUAAUAAAUCCAAACUGUUGAAUCCUUAGCAACAAGGUAUUGAUCUUUUCUGUAUAAGGAGAAUUAAGUCUGAUCACGUAUGAAAGCGUAUAAGUAACUGGACACUCUUCGACAAUGUGGACCAAUUUGUUCCCAUCGUCGUCGUAAUAAAUCGAAUAAUUCUCGAGCUUGGUCGAUGUAAAUCGACCAAGAGCAAUAACGCUUUUGUCGAAGGCGACGAAGUAAUUCGUUGGUUUAUCCGAAUUAAGAACACUGAUUUUAUUCCGCAGUUUCGUUUCCAAUGGAUCCUUCCCGAUAAACGUGUCCUCUUUCAAAUUUAAAUAUUUCGUUACUAUCGUAUAAUUCGAAUCGGCAACGUCCUCGAUAGUAUUUAUUUCUGGAUAUCUCAAUGGUUUGCUAAGAGUCCACAUUAGCCAAUUAUUGUAAAGUCCAACGAUUACAAGUCCAAAUAAUAACGAACUACAAAGAAAUAUUCUGAGUGCCGGGGUAUAAGCCUUUUCGAAAGGAUAACAAAAUAAUAUAAUCAAUUCUGUGCAACGAAUAACGUAUGAAUGUAUCUCAGGUGGUUCUUUAUUUGUCCUCCGACUAAUAUUAUCCUUUUUUCUUUUCAAAAGGAUAUUAUCGCGUGCAAGCUUACCCCGACGGAUAUUCGAGAACGUUUCCCCCAGAGAACAUGUAAUAGGUUUGUUAUUACGAAACGAAUAGCUCAAAUAUUUCAGGAUUAUCCAGAAUAUCGUCACGAAAAUGUUAUAACAUGCUAGGGUCAUCCACAGGUCCUUCGUGAAAGGUAAAAAUGGCAUAUAUGAUUUUGGUAAAUAACCUUUAGUCGGUGCGAUAAAACAAAGCUUAUCUUCGGCAAUGGCCGCUGUAAACUGAUAAACAUAAGAAUCAUUGUAAGCUUUAACAAAAAGGCUUGUAAAUAUGAUCUCGCUCCUGCGAUCGCUAAUAUCUUGUAAGGAUUUUUGAAAAGGAUCAAUAUCGGAAUCCUUAUCCAAUACAUUUACGACGAAACUCGCGUUCAAGUUGCUCUCCAACAUUUUCAUCACAUUUGCAUCUAAUUUGGUAUAAUGGACGACAUUGUUCUCGUCUACCUCUAUACACAUCAUCAUCGAAGGAAAAACGGUAACCUUUAUCGGAUAACCAUUUAUAUUCUCGAAAUUUUCGAAGAAACUUAUAUCAUCUGAUGGAAGUGAAGUUAUCGAGUUUGUUCUUCUCUUCGUAGAAUAUUCUUCGAUAUCAUCGAAACAUGAUUUAUGUACUUUCCCAAAAGCUUUUCUUGUGACAUCGAAUGGAUGAUAAUUUAAGAAACAACGAAACUGAUCGGUAAUCGUUGUAAUUAAAAUUUUAUAUACAUUAAAUUUUAUCCAGAGCUCAUCGAAAAUUCUUUUCCAUGUAUUCCCCGACGUUUCCUCACCAAUGAAAACUAUCAAAUAUUGAUCAUUGGGUUUCCAUAAUUUCUCAUUUAAAUAUAUCAAGACUUCGAGAUCAUUUAAAUCAUCGAUCGGUAUGAUCCAAGUGAUACGUCCUUCAUCCUUCCACGUAUAUAAUGAAAGAAAAUCAUUGGCACUUAUUCGAUAGCCUUGAAUAAAAUCGAUCGACAUGUGAUGCAAGAGGGACACGAGCACGUUCGAUUUCGUAUUGGACAAAAGUAAAGAAAUCAUAAAAGGUUGGAAUUCCUUUGAAUUUCUUAUAUAAUCCAGCAUACGUUUGAAAUUCUCUAUUAUUUCAAUGCUCAAUUUCGACUCGAUCCCAAUCCUUCCCUUUUGAAUAUCGUCGAAUUUUGAUUGUAUUCUCGUUGGCAUAAGCAUCAAGCAAAUGAUCAUUCCCACAUAGAUAUACGUCAUUUUUUUAAUACAAUUGUAUUUCGCUACGUUUAAUGUUAAGUUUUAUUAGUAAGCAUAUGUAUAUAUAUAUAUAUAUUUUUUUUUUUUUCCAAAAAAUCCAACUUUAAUGAACGCAUGCUAUUUUCAAUCGUUUCGUUUAAUCCUUUGACCGUUCAUCUGCGUAUAAAAAAAGAGUAUAUAAAAUGUCAAAAAGUCUUCUUUCAUCGAAAUUCUGUUAUUAAUAGGUCAAUUAAAAAGAAGAAAAAGAAAAAAAGAAACAUGUAAGUACGCACUUGUGUAUCGCAUUGGAUCUAAAAGAUAUUCGAUUGAAAUUUUCUAGAAAAGUUAUUUCGAUAAGAAAUAUCUUCGAUAUAAUCGUCGACGAAAGGAAAAAGAACAUGGAGAAAAUCUUAGAUAAAUUUUUAUCGGGAUAGAGCGUAUUUAGAAAGAAUUUAAAAAAAGAAAAUGAAUGAAAUAAAAAAAAAAAAAAGAAUCAACGGCAAAAAGUUGUGGCAAGAAAGAAUGAUGUUCGAUAAAAAAAGAUAAAAAAAAAAAAAAAAAAAAAAAAAAAAAAAGAAAAAAAAAAAAGAGAGAAGAAAACAGAGCUCUUUCUUCGAACUAAUUUUAUGUUAAAUUUUUACCUUUAAUAACAACGAACUCACAUUGAUCGCAAUUUUCAUAAGAACCUUUGAUAGAUUUACAAAUAUACCAGGAAAGCAAUUAUUCGAAUAGUUUUCGAUUUUUCUUGAUUACGUAAGUAGGUAAUCAUACACUUACUUACGGUUAGGACAAAUACUUGGACAACAAUUUUCGUGACUUACAUACAACAUACUUCGUAUACUUCGUCCUUCUUUUUAGGUUUUAUCAAGUUUACAUUGUUUGCCACGUGCCCUACUCGAACGUAACGUCGAACUGACUUCUACUGACUCGUUAACUUCGAAAAAAGGGAAAAAAAAAGAAAAAGAGAGGAAGAGAAAGAUAGAGAGAAAGAGAGAGAGAGAGAGAGAGAGAGAGAGAAAGAAAAAAGAAAAAAAAAGGAAAUGGGAAGAGAGAUCGUUGGUAAAUCGUCGUGGUUAAGGGUAAACACGAAUAUUUACAUUUGUUCACUUCUGUUCUGACGUCUAUGUAAGCCGACCAAAGAGAUAUGUAUAUCCGUCUUCAGUUAAACUCGUGCUCGGAUUAAACCGGAAGGGCUCGGCUAUCCGAAUGGAUAAUGAUCAUAUGAAUAUAGAAAAUAAUGUUAAGGAUCGAUUAAAAAGUCAACUCAACUCGUGGUUUAGAUAUCAUUGAUUGAUACAGAUUGUAUGGUGGAAAUUAAGGAAAAAUACUCGUUGUAUUAUUAUUCUGGAUAAGUACAUAAAUUAAACGAACAAGACGAUCGUUCGGAUCUUAUCUUAAAUAAACAUUAACGUUAGAAGUUCAAGGACAGCUACGUGCAAUAGACAUAAUCAUAGUAGCACAUAAAUGAGUAAGGAGAAAAGAAAAAAACAUUCGAUAAAAAUCUCGUAAUUCUUUUUCUUUCUCUCAUGUUAUAUAUAAAUAUAUAUGUGUGUGUGUGUGUGUGUGUGUGUGUGUAUGCGUGUGUGUGAGAGUAUUAUCUUUAAUCAUUGCAACGACAUAAUUAAAUCAAUAUUGCUUCAAUAAUGAUGACUCUUAAGUAUCUAUAAAUAUACAAAAAUAAUAAUUAAACUCAUGAAAAGACUUUGUUCUAAGGAAUAUCGAUUAUCGAUCAAUUAACAAUCGUUCUCGUUUGUUCGAUAUUACCAAUAUCGAGUAACAUCUUUUUCUUCUUUCUCAUAUUAAAGAACAAUGAGAACGAACGAAAGAAAAAUAAAUAAAUAAAUAUAUCCAACGAUAAUAAAUAGAACAUUCGCAAAGAAUAUAUGUAUAUCACUGCCUUGAAGAAGUUUCAAAAUCAAAUAAUUCCGGAUAGGACGAUAAUUUCUCGUAAGAAACAAGAGGAUUAUCAUACAAUUCGAGAAUUCACUCAAUGGUAAUACGAUUGAACGAACUUUAAUUGGAUUAAACUCUCGCUAAAACUAUAAUUAUGCUCGAACACGUAUCGUGAAUUUCGAAGAGAGAAAGACAGACAGAGGGAGAGAGAGAGAUAGAGAGAGAGAGAGAGAGAGAGAGAAAGAGAGAGAGAAAUAAUAGAGGCAAGAGAAGAAACUUGGCGAAUUGAAAGCUUGUGUACAACUUGUAUCAAUCGAUUCUUCCUUCGUUUAAAGAUAAUGCUAGUUUGUCGAUGUCUCGUUCGACUUUUGAAAAAAGGGGACAAUCUAUAAAAUUUCAAAAUUCGAAUCCCUUGAGAAAAGAUCUAUAAGAUAAUGAUUACGAGUAAUCGAUCGAUGUAAGAAAGAAGAAAAAAGAAAAAAAAAGGAAGAGAGAGAGAGAGAGAGAGAGAGAGAGAGAGAGAGAGAGAGAGAGAGAGAGAGAGAAUAAGCUAUUCGUUGAACACAUGAGAAAAGUAUAGACAACUACUACUCUUGUCCUUCGAUCGAAUUUAAUUAAAGUGAGUGGGAUCGAAUGGAAAAACGUCUUAUCGGUGAUAUAAGACGGUCCAUCAACAUCAACGAUAACUUUCCGUCUCAUUAUCUUUGAUUCUUUCGUUGUCGAGAAUGCGCUUGUUACGUUUUCUAUUUAUAUUUCUUAUAGACACAUUGAUACGUCUAAUUAGAUCGAUCGUACGUGUCUUUUAUUAAGGGACUUUUUAAGAAAGAAAAAAAAAAUAAAAGAAGAAAAGAAUAAGAAAACGAAACAACCGAAGCAUUUGAAAAAAAAAAGAGAUAUUACACAUUACUUGACAUUAGAUCAUUUUAUUCGACUAAUGAGAGAGAGAGAGAGAGAGAGAGAGAGAGAAAGCGGAAGUGAUAAGAAAUAAUUGCACGCGAUAAUCUAAUCGAAUAAAUCUCUCGAUUUAUCACAGUGAAAAAAAAAAGAGUGAGAGGAAAUUACUUUUUCCUAUUAACAAUUCUCACUGAGUUAAUGAUCUCAAAAUAACGUUUCGAUGUAAUCACAAGCUAUGUUUGUAUGUAUGUAUGUAGAUUGUAAUUUUGGAUUUGAUCGAAGACGAACGUUGAGACGUCUAACGAGGGAGGGUUGAAGAGUCAAUAAGAGCGACGGAAAAAAAAACGAGCACAUAUCGAGUCGAACUAACGUCGUGUAAUAACGAAAUAAAUAGAGAGAGAAAGAGAGAGAGAGUGUGUGUGUGUGUGUGUGUGUAUGUAUGUGUGUAUGUGUGUGUGUAUGUGUGUCUUAAAGGAUAUCUCAGUAAACAGAAAAAGUUUACGAAAAGGAAAGAACGACAAGACACGCGACGGAGUAUUAUCUCUACUUUCUUUGACGGCAGAGACACGUGAUUAAAAUCGUCGUCUUUAGAUAUUCGUUGAUAAAUUUCUUAUACGAUGUUCUUCAAACUCAUUCUUAUGAUCGUAAUUUUAUUAGUGAAGCUCGAUCAUGGUUAUAGAAUUUUCAAUGAGAUAGAAAAAAGUGCAAGAACAUUUUGGAUCGACGCUAUUUGUCAUACGAGAGUGACAAAAUAUCUCUAUCUAUAUGGGAUAUUAACGAACGAAUCAUAUUAUCUCGAAGAUUUUUUCGAUGGUCUUGUACGUGAUAUAAAUCAAGAACAAUGCGAAAUUACGAUAUUUCUAAAGAAAUACGUGAUGGAUCGAACACAGAUAAAAAAAGAACGCGACAAUAAAGUCGAUCAUCGAUCCUCCGAUGAAAUAUCUUCGAAGGAUUUAUUAAAAACUAUCGAAUUAAAAGUUCUCAAUGAUUUGAGUGAUAAAAUAAAAAGAAGAAAAGAAGAAGAUGACGAAAGAAAAAGAGAGAAUUCAGAAGGAAGAUUAACAAGUAAUUUUGACAUAUGGUCGUUGCACGUGAUACUGAUAAAGGACGAACGUUCGUUAGAGCGAAUUUUGAAGGAAGAUGAGUCAGCCAACUGGAUGUCACGGGUACACUUCAUCGUAAUGAUAAUAUCAGAUGACGUAGAUAACCCUGUAAAUAACAAAUUCAUGAUGACGAUCGAACGAAUUUUAAAAAUCCUUUGGUUGCGACGUCAAAUAUUAAACGUUUUAAUUUUUCUACCCUUCGCGAAAAAUGGGCUAAGUUUGGCGUACGCGUACGAUCCAUUCUUUCUAAACAAGAACGAUGAAAGAGGUAAACUCGAGUCCAUUAACGUCGUCUCAAAGGAGGAUAUAUUUCAACGUUUGUCGACGUUAAAUCAUCGACGUACGAACAAUAUGUACGGUUACAAAUUAAACGUAGGUCUAUUUCAACAAUAUCAAACUUUAAUGAAAAUGAGAGAUAAACCAUCCCCGGGCUCCAUUUAUAAAUAUUCCGCUGGAUAUAAUGGGUCGGAUGCCAUUAUACUUGGUACAAUUGCUAAGUACAUGAACUUCACCGUUAACGAGAUCAAUCCGAGGGAUCAAAUUAAAUUCGGAUACGAAUUAUCGAAUGGCACUUAUGUUGGAACCUUAGGUGACAUUGUCUAUGGUAGAGCGGAUGCAACCUUUGCCUCUUUCUUCAUUAAAACCUAUGGGAAAAGUAAUAAUAAUUUUGAAUUUACCAGUCAGAUGGAAUAUGACAGCAUCUGCGUGAUCGUACCUAAGGCACGCAAAAUACCGAAGUGGCUUCGAAUACAUUACAUGUUUGAACCGUCUAUCUGGAUUUGCACGAUAAUUUCACCAAUUAUGAUCUACCUGAUGUGCUACGUAUUACUGUUAUUUACGAGGCAAAGAACAAAAAUUUACGAUCACGUAAAUCUCGCCUACAAAGUAUUUCUAUUCGCCGUUGGAUAUCCAAAUAAAUUCCCAUGUUCUUAUUUAGAAAGAAUACUUUUGUCGACUCUCUCCAUAACGAACGUUACUAUGGCAGGACUAUUCGGAGGAUUAUUAUAUAAAAGUUUUUCCAACGACAUGUAUUACAAGGACAUUGAUUUAUUAACAGAAUUGGAUGCUUCGGAAUUACCAAUCGUAUUUAUAAAAUACAAUUUAAAUGAUGUCUUUGAUGACGAAUCUGCGACAUCGUUGGUACUAAAUAAUUUAAGAAGAAAAUUGAAGCACGGCGUGCAAGCGUUGCGCGACGUCACAUAUUUUAGAAAUGCAAGUGGAUUGAUCAGGAAGAAACAUUAUUAUCUGUUAAAAAAUAAUAUGGUCAAUGAUGAUCUAUCGCCAAAAUUACAUCUUGUUAAAGAGUGUCCACGUAAUUACUACUUAGCAUAUCCCAUACCGAGGAACUCGUAUUUGCUCGAAAAGUUCAAUCUCCUGAUUGGCAGAUUAAAUCAGGGAGGCUUAUUGACAUUGUGGAGUAAUCGUACUAUCAUGAAUUUGAUUAACAGAAGAAGAGGAACACCGAAAAGACUGGCUCAUGCGGGAGACAAAUUUGUCCCGUUCAAUUUGGAAGACAUGCAGACCUCAUUCUAUUUGCUAAUAAUCGGUCUAUUAAUUUCGUCUAUCGUUUUUUGCGAUGAGAAGGGAUGGCUGAGAAGACACGUGAAAAAAAAAAAAAAGAAAAUUUAUCCAAACGAAGAGGAUACAUCUAAAGGGAAAACAUAUAUAAAAGAAAAAAAAGAAGAACACCCGAGAAAAAUGUUCUUAUCUUUUUUUCAAACAUAAUUACAAAAUACGAGAUCUCUUAUUAGACCUGUUAAAUUUAUCGAUCAAAUCUACAACGAUUAUUUCUAAAUUUCUAACAAUAUAUAUUUAGAAAAUAUUUAUAAAAUAAAUACGAUAUAUAAGUAUAUAUCAUUUCAAUAACAGUACAGAAACAGGAUGAAUAAUAUCGUAAUACAAUCGUAUCGUAAUUUUGAAAUUAUUCAUGUAUAACUUGCGAUUUCUGUAUUCGACGUAAAUGUCAUAACUUUA